AGCCCUGGUCGCGGGACGCAACAGCGUCGCCCCCACGGCGCUCGCACGAGCGCAGGGUCUGAACAUCAAACGCGGCAGUUCGGACGACGCUAACGCGCUCUUAGUGAGGGGGGUGACGCCAUGUCUCUCUGCCCCACGUUCUCCAUAACUACCCCACACUAGGGGUUUCAAUCGAGUCAUCACACACACGUAUGGAGUUCGGGACACGGGUGAGACAUGUCCGGGUUGGUUUUGUGUUGGAGAGAAGAAAGUGAAAGAAAGUGAAAGAAGUCGAUCCUCCCUCGAGUUUCACAGCGGUUGCGGUGUCCCGUGUCCGUGUCACACAUAUACACACACACGCACAUAUAUACACAUACACACGCAGAGCAGUGAUUUGCUCCUGCUGCUGGAGUUGGGCAGAGGAACAUUUCAUAACAUUUCAUAACAUUUCAGAUUGAAUUUUAUUGAUUUUUUGGAUUAUUUUGUAGUCACUUGCGCCAUGUGAGGUGGCCUGUAAUGUCCACGGAGCAGGAUAAAGAGUCAUUCUCGUUCAAAAGAAAUCGAGGAGGUGAUGGUGCUCUGGAUGGUUUAGGAGGUCCCGGCGUGCUCCUGGGAAGCCCGGAUAAAAAGAGACGCAAGUCUAAUACGCAGGUGGCGGCGGCGUUCGGAACGCUCUCUGAAUAUGCACCUCCUCCAAACACGAGCUCCGAUCACCUGGUGGCGCUCAACCCAUUCGACGAUAACUACAACGAGUCACUGAAACCCCCGAACAACCCCUACUUCGGCGCGUCUCAAUACCCGGGGUUUGGCGGUUAUGGAAUGCCCCGUAUGGUACCGCACGUCCAGAACAGGAUGCCCGCUCCGUUCGGAUCGCCAUUUCAGAUCCGGAACCAGCCACACCUGUUCCCGCAGAACCCGAUGGGCCCAAUGGGCUUCAACAGAACCCCCGUGUUCAACUACACGCAUACAGAGAACCCGGGUUUCGCUAAUCAGCCCGUGUUCAAUAACAGCCCCGGCAUGCACCAGCACUUUAAACCCGGGCCUGGGGAAAAUGUUCUCCAGCUUUCCAGCAUGAACCAGAACCACAGGUCCGAUCUGAUGUUCAGCCCAGAGGUGACCGGGUGUGGGAAUCGUCUUGCAGUGAAAUCCGGCUCGGAUAUGAGCCCUGGCCUGAACUUCGCUCAGCCCAUGACGCCCAAACAGGAAGUGUCAGAAAAGAACGCUACACCUCCACGGAAACCCAGUCAGAUCUUGGAAGAGGGUGGAGCUCAAGAGAACCAGGCGGAGCUUAAAGGGAAAAACAGAUCCAACCUGGAACUUGGUGCGGAUAAGCUCAACGGCGUUCUUCACUCUCAGAAGUCUCCUCAGGCCGUCAUGGAGCAUGGCGGCGAGAGAAACCGGCGCCAAGCGAACAACAAAACCGGCUCAACCAAUAGAAAGAGAAACCGCACGAGUAACUCCGCCCCCUCCGAGCCCGUGUACCCGUGCGGGAUCUGCCUGGGUGAAGUGAACGAUGAUCAGGAGGCCAUCUUGUGUGAGGCCUUGUGUCAGAAGUGGUUCCAUCGCGUGUGCACGGGAAUGACGGAGACCGCGUACAACCUGCUGACGGCCGAGACGGACGCCGUGUGGGGCUGCGACGCCUGCAUGGACCAGAAAGACGGAGCUCAGCUGCUCAAAACCAGGGAGGGGUCCAACUCGGCUACGGCAAACAUCGAGGGACAAACCUGAACUGUGUGUGUGAUGGGGGGGGUGUGUUGGUUUUUUUUUUUUUUUUUUAGGUGGGGCGUGAAAACGUGCACAACACAAAAGUAUCACUUUAUGAAUCCGCACUUGAUUCGUGUCAAAUCCGCAUCCGAUAAAGAACUUCGACCCGAAGCCAAAGCGAUUUUUCCAUUAAAGUUACCCUACUCCAGUUUAUUUGUUGGUUUAAGCUCCGCCCCCUGUUAUCUCACAGGAGCCGCCCUUUUAAGGUGCACGAUAAUAUUUCACUAACACGUAACAAAAGGAUUUAUUUUUUGAGAUCAUUGAAGAUAGAAAUAACGAGCAGGUGAUUUUUGUGUUAAAUUUAAAAACGUUGGGGUGAAAAAUCUUAUUUUAUCAGGUUUUUUUUUGCCACCUUUUAAAUAUGAAAUCAUUUUUUAGAUGAUAAAAAGUUCCUAAUGUUUAAUUUUUUAUUAUUCUUCCCUAAAGUGUUAAAUUAGUAGUUACCUGUUAUGACCAACGCAACCAAAAAAUAUAAAAAAAAACUCAGCACCAAAGCUGUAAAAUAAUUUUAAGCCCUAUUCGGUCCCGCCCCCUGAGCAUGAUGUCUGCUGUCACAUGACCAGGGGGAGGAGCUUGGUUGAAAGGAAGCGCUAUCUGCCCUCUUCUUCAUAUUUGAGCUUAAAGAGGGCUAUAAUGUAAUGCUGUUAUCGACAGAAUAGAAAGAAACGGAGUGUGUGUGUGUGUGUGUGAGCGAGAGAUAGAGUAUAUGCCCCGCCCACAUACCGAGUGCACAGCCAAUUAUAAUCUCUCUCUCAAAUCGAACCAAACGUCAGUAUUUUUAAGGCCGAGAACCGGAAACAAUUUUAUCCUUUUUUUAUUAGGUGAAAAAUGCGAUGAUCAAUAUUGUGAUAAACGUUUGCAAUAAUCAGUUAGAAUAAUAAUAUUAUUCUAAUAAAUAAUAAUAGCAUUUUUAAUUUCUAAUUUAAUUUUAAUUACAUUUCUAAAAUUUCUUUCCGCUUUUAUUUUCCAGACGCCGCCUUAUUGUACGUGUUUUGUUUUUAUUUUCCAGAUGAAAUGUUUUAUUUUGUAGAUUAUCCUAUUUAUUUAAUGUCCGAAAGGGAAAAAAAAAAAGCGUUCACUGAUAUCAGUGUAGGGCCGAAAGUUUGUGGACACCUGACCAUAUGAUUGGAACGUACCUCUUCAUGAAUAUUCCAUUCCACAUGUCCUGCACUAUUCUGGGGAGAUGUUUCAGGAGAUUUGAUGGAUAUUUGUGGAGAUUCAUCCAGUCACAGGGGUGUUUGGUAAGUCAGGUACUGGUGUGAGAUGUUCACAAUCAGUAGGUCAAUCGGGUUGGAGCUCUGUAGCAGGAGAUCUUCCACAUCUUUCAACCCGAGUUCAAGUAAGAGACGUCUGAUACAAUUGUGUGUCUCCAGCUUUGAGGAAGAACAACAAAUGUCUGGAGAAGUCGGGUGUCUCUUUCUUGUAUACUGGGAAUUUUUGCGUCGGCUCUGAAUGUAGCGAUGAUGAUGAUGUUCUUUUCUGCGUGAUGACUUUCCCUGGACGAGUUUUCACUUCUCCCCCACGUUGUUCUACGUGUGCAGUGUUUCCUCCGAUGUCAGCAUUUUGAGACGUGAUUGUGAUUGAUGUAGCAGAGCGACAGAUGAGAGAUUGGAGCUGCGAUGACAAUGAUGAUGGUAAUAAUAAUAAUAAUCUAUAAUGCUGUUGAAUCCUCUUUUACUGCUUUACUGUGUUUUAUAUGAGGGUUUGUUACUUGAAGGUAGAAGAAAUUGCACAGGAUGUACGUGUCCAGGAUUUACAGAUGCUAAAUAAACGGAUUUCUUUCA